CAGAAGCUUUCGAUCAAAAACAUUUAGCGGGUUUACAUUUAUUGAGUUUCCUGAAAAUUUUUAAAGCAUAAGGCCGUUUGGAACUUUCAUGGGUCCGUUUUGGAGUCAGAUGAAAAGUUCAGACAGUUCUCUGUACCUUUGGCUCAUUCUGUUGGUGUUCUUUCCCAUAGAGACACAGCCACUAAAAAUACUAUUGACUCCUCGCCGAUCUUCACACUCAGUAAAGGUUGGUGAACAUGUGACACUGAUAUGCACAACAGGGCCAAGUGUUAAAGCAACAUACAAAUGGCAGAAUGAUUUAGCUAUAGGAACAGGAAAAGAGCCGAGUAUGAUAACAGGAAAUGCUACAUUGAAAAUAUGGAAGACAAAAUUACAUCACACUGGAGUCUACAGCUGUACAGAAACACGAAAGGGAGAAGAAAUUCUACAACAAACCCGUUCGGUUUUGUUAACCAUCGUAGACAUGUGCCAUGAGGCCACAAUUACGAUUCAACCCACCCUUGCAAGAAUUUAUUCCGAAGGAACAGACCUCACAUUAUACUGUGAGUGUUCUAGCAAUUCUAAUGAAAAGACCAUAACAUGGAUCAAGAACGGUGCCAAAGUUACACCACAUAACCGCCAGAGUAUAACUUCGGACGGCAAAAAAUUGAUGCUCAAGAAUGUAAAGUUUGCUGAUAGUGGUAAAUACGCUUGUAAUGUUACAGUGGACAGGAUGGUGACAGCGACAUCAAAGGAACUUGAGCUUUGGGUGGGAAACAAACCAGAAAUCACUGAUUAUCCACCGGAAGUAACGCAAUUUAAAUUGUGGACACAGUAUAUUUUUUUGACUUGCAUAGCAGAGGGAGUACCAUAUCCACGAGUAAAGUGGUACUUCAAUGGCGGACCUGAUGAGUCGCAAAUUCCUGUGCCAAACGACGGAACUAAUUUCACGGUCUUUGACAACGGGACCAUGGCAAUAAGGGAAUUCAGAUCAUAUCAUGUAGCUGUCUACAAGUGCAUGGCUAUUAAUAUCCUGGGGUCUACGAAGAGGAUAAUUCAUAUUCAAACCCCAAUAAAAAUAGAAGUACAAAGAAAAGUAUCAGCAGCUGAGGGAAAGUCGUUCAAUUGGCGCUGCACAGUCGAAGGUCUUCCAAAACCAAACGUCUACUGGGCGGAUGCAAAGAGAAAUGAAAUAAGAGAAGGCACUCGAUUCAUAACAAGGUUUGCGGAGGAAUUACGAAUACAAAAUGUACGCAUGGGUGACUCUGGGCGGUACUAUUGUGUCGCUUACCGUAAUGAAACUCGUGAAUCCAAAUGGACUGAAUUGAGGAUGGACGUUUAUGAAAAUGACAGCCUCACAAUCAAGUCUUCUCCCAAGAAUAUAACACACGUGUUUACUGGAACAACGGUAACGCUUAGGUGUGAGUUUGACAGUAAAGCACCUUUUACCACCUGGUGGGGCAUAAAAGGUUUGGAAGGGUUGCCAGAUUACUAUAGAAUGAGAGAUUAUGGCUCCUGGUUAGAAAUAGAUGACGUGGGGGAGUCGGACAACAACGUUUAUUACUGCCGCGCAUCGAAUGGUUUCAAAACCGUCACGGCUUACACUCAUUUGUCAGUGUAUAAGUCUACGGAGUGGAAACCGAGAAACAUAACAGUUUACGUCGGAGACUCAGUUUGGUUUCACUGUGAUGCACGAAGGGUCCCUCGAUUUCCAUUCAAAGUCGCGUGGUUUAAACGUGGACAGGGUAGUAAAAUGCUCGACAAGAAAAGGUUCCGUGUUAUUGCGAACGGUUCGAUCCACAUAACUGAUAUUCGGCUCAAUGACGAAGGAAAGUAUUUCUGUAUUACCAACAAAAACUUCAAACAGACCUUUGGAACGCGGUAUCUUCUAGUUAGAGAAAAACUCAACGGAACCAAAAAAACACCACAUCAACUUACGGCUGCGUGCAAGAAAUAUCGAAGUCAUUUUCCUGUAGUGAUUUUCGUGGUAGUAGUGAUUUAUGCUGUACUUCUUUGACACGCGCAAUCAAACAUUCUUAUUGUUUUUCUUUUAUCGUUAUUGUGGAAACAACAGCUGUCAUUUAAAUGUUGUUACGGCCACACCAUAGAGAGUGGCCGACAGUGUGCUGCUUGUUGCUGUAAUCAUAUCCCUCAUGAGCUGAAAUUUCAGUCUUCUUGAAAUACAAAUGUAAUUAUAGUUGGCCACGGAAUCCUCUUUAAAUGCUCAAUAGUUACAGGUACUGUCCCACUCCGCGAGAAUGUUGGAGAUGAAGCACCGCCUUGUAUUAUUGUAAAAUUCUGAUAAAAUUAUUCACCGAGAUCUUGUGGUGAAGGAAAAGAGCGUUCAACCAGCGGGGGUGAUUUUUUUUUGACAUAAAACAUGAUUUAGAUUUGAAAAAUUCAGGUCAUCAGGCAAUAAAUGAUAACAAAGCAAA